UGGAUUGACAUUCACUGAUCCAGUGUCACCGUAUGUGAUAGGUGCUAAUCCCAGUUAGGCUACGCACUGAAUGUUGCUUCAAGAUUGCCAGUUUUUUACUUUCCUGACAAAGCGACUCCCUCAACGGCACAUUACCAACGAAACGCCACCAUCAUCCUGAGGCUCUGUGAUCCGUGAGUGUGGUCCUUGAGCCGAGCUCCAGGAUGGAGGGCAGGGGUGACCUGCCUCGCCCUGCCCCUCAACCCUCUGACCUGCCUCGCCCUGCCCCUCAACCCUCUGACCUGCCUCGCCCUGCCCCUCAACCCUCUGACCUGCCUCGCCCUGCCCCUCAACACUCUGACCUGCCUCGCCUUGCCCCUCAGCCCUCUGACCUGCCUCGCCCUGCCCCUCAGCCCUCUGACCUGCCUCGCCCUGCCUCUCAGCCUGCCUCUGGGAGGGUCACCCUAGUGGUGGACGGAACACACUUCGUGGUGGACCCCACCCUCUUUACGGCGUACCCUGACACCAUGCUGGGGAGGAUGUUUGGUCCAGCUUGGCAUCACAACUUUACACGUCCCAAAGGAGAGUACGAGAUUGUGGAGGGAAUUGGGGCUAACAUCUUCAGAGUUGUCCUGGACUACUACCGAGGGGGCACCCUGCAGUGUCCAGAUGGGGUGUCGGUGUCGGAGCUGAGAGAGGCGUGUGAUUACCUCUGCAUCAACUUUGACUACAGCACCGUGAGGUGCGGAGACCUCAGUGCGUUGUUGCACGAGCUGUCCAAUGAUGGGGCACGACGCCAGUUCGAGGACUUCCUGGAGGAGCUGGUUGUCCCGGUGAUGGUGGCCAGUGCACAGGAAGGGGAGAGGGAGUGUCACAUGGUGGUCCUGACGGACGACGACCUGGUGGACUGGGACCACGACCACCCCCCUCCCCUGGGAGAGGAGUGUUCUCAAAUUGUGUACAGCACCAAGCUGUACCGCUUCUUCAAGUACAUUGAGAACCGUGACGUGGCCAAAGCCUUGCUGAAGGAGCGGGGCCUGAAGAACAUCAGGAUAGGGAUCGAAGGGUACCCCACCUGUAAGGAGAAGGUGAAGAGGCGUCCGGGGGGGAAGUCUGAGGUCAUCUACAACUACGUCCAGCGGCCCUUCAUCCAGCUCUCCUGGGAGAAGGAGGAGGGCAAGAGCCGCCAUGUUGACUUCCAGUGUGUCCGCAGCAAGAGUGUCCCCAACCUGAUGGCCUCUGUGGGGGAGGGGCUGUCCCGACCUCCGGCCCCACCCACCCCACAGGUGGAUGAACUGGAUAGGCUCCUGAGCCCAGAGCCCCGCCCACAACCUCUGGUCCCUCCCCCUGACCACUGCUGAGGGGAAUGACUUCUUUAUUAUUUUCAUUUUUCUUCUUCUUCUUAUUGUUACACUGAGAGUUGCAUCAAACCUCUUGAAGGAACUAAAGACUUAGGCUUUCACACUGUAAUUUAGAUGACAGUCUCAAUCCGCUGAGCGCUGGAUCUACCCACCAGCUUCCCCUUGUGUUCGCGACAGUGAGGUGAGGGGUCUACACAAUAGGCUAUCAAAUAUUUAUUUGACCUCCCGUUCAUUUACAACUCUGAGCUUUUAUACAGAAUGGCUGAGUAAAUGUGUCUGUGCUUUGUAUUUUGUAUAUGGGAGUAGUAUUUUCAGCACUGAAAAUGUUUUUCUUACAACUUAGAUAUAAUAUGUCCAGUUAUCUGUAGGCAUUUAUACAAAUUCAUAUUUUUCCUUCUUAAAUGAACAGCAUAUUAUGUCAGCAUAAAUACAACAAAUGUACCGCCUUUUCUUAUUUGUGACAUUUGUACCUUUUAGAAGAACACUAUUCUAACCUCAGC